CGUGCGUAAAAAAGUCGUGCGUAAUUGGGGAUGUGGUCCGCGGAGCUGAGGGGAAAGUUUGUAGAGAGCGAGUGAGCGGCCCAGCAGGCUGAUUAACACCGACUUCCUUCCUCUGCGUGGAUCAUGGAGCUGAUGGAUUAUAGCACAUGCGUGCCAAACACUUUGCGGAACAAACAAAUCUAAUCCGGGAAAACUGGAGCGCGCUGGAAGUCAAAGCACACGCCGAGGUUCAAAGAUGAAGGAUGUAACGGGGCUGUUUGUUGCCGUGUUGUUGGUUCUGCUGGAAACAGCCGGCGGGACGAAGCCGAACAGCGGCUACUGCUUUGGGAACCAGUGUUUCGCUGUGAUCAAGGACCCGAGCGAUUUCACGACAGCCCAGAAACAAUGCAGUGACAACCGCGGUCACUUAAUGACAGUGCGCUCCUCCGUGUCACACGAUAUGCUUUACAUCUUGCUGGGAAACACAACAUGGCGGUUCUGGAUCGGUUUGCAUCUGAGCAGCGGCUGUCCAGACCCGGACCCUGCUGCUGCGGAUGGACUCAGAGGUUACCAGUGGGUCACCAAAGACGGUCAGAGCGACUUCUUCAACUGGGCGCCAAGUUUUGACAGCAGCUGCUCUGCUCAUCGCUGCGUCUCAGUUUCCAGCAAGAGCGACUUUAAAUGGACCCAGGAGCCAUGUGGCGGGCAGGCGCUCGGGUUUCUCUGCGAGUACAGCUUCACUGAGCCGUGCAAAAGCCUCCCGGCUGCAGAGGGUGAGUCCGUCACCUACAUGACCCCCAUGGGACUUGGAGGAGAGGACUUGCUGUCUCUGCCUCCUGGAAGCAUCGCCACCCGCGUGCCAUCAGAGAUCAAAUACGUGUGUUUCUCUCAGCAGUGGCUGCAGGCGCCGUGGAGCUGUGAGAUCGCAGAGGGCGGCUGCGAGUACAAAUGCGCAGUGGACCCCAAACACGUGCCCUCGUGUUACUGUCCCAUGGGACAAAACGUCAGCCCCGAAAACCAAGUCACCUGCGAGGUGCUGCCGGAUCACCCGUGCCUAAACCUGCGCUGCGAGCACGCCUGCUACCAGAACGGGGACGUCUUCGCGUGCACGUGCGACCACGGCUUCAAGCUGGCGGCGGACGGCCGCUCGUGCGUGGACUUAAACGACUGCACGGAUGAGCGGCAGUGUCCCGGCGAGGAGUUCGUGUGCGUAAACACCGUGGGCGGGUUCAUGUGCGUGUGCAAGGAUGGAUACAAGAGCAGCGGCGCGCUGUGCACGGAUGAGAACGAGUGCGCGGCCGCGCCGUGCGAGCACAUAUGCACCAACACUCCCGGCAGCUACACGUGCUCGUGUUAUCCCGGGUAUCAAGUGGACCCGAAGGACCCGCACAGGUGUAAGCUUCACUGCGGGGAGGAGGAGUGCGCUGCCGAGUGCGACCCCAACGACCCGUUCCAAUGCUACUGUCCCGACGGUUACAUCGCGGAGGAGAGAGGAAAUCAAACCUUCUGCUUAGACAUAGACGAGUGUGACUUCUUUUACUGUGACCAAAAUUGUAAAAACACAUUCGGCGGCUACGUGUGCUCGUGCAACCGUGGAUACAGGCUGGUGGGUGAGUACAGGUGCGAAAUAAUCGAAGGUUAUGUAGAUACGUCGACUCCUCCUCCUCCUCCAACAACAACAACAACAACAACAGCGUAUGUACCCCCCACGAGGAGACCUUCAGGAGUGUCAACCGGGGCUUUCGUUGCAAUCAUCAUGUUCACCACCUUCAUCAUCGUGCUGGUGGUUUGUCUCCUGCAUCACCUGCUCAACCGCACACGGAAGAUGCAGAGCGCAGGCGCGCUCAAGGCUCACGAGGGCGAGGAUCACGGCUUACACCACGUGACGAGUGACACCUAACGUGAACAUUG